CGCAAAUAAAAUAUUGUCAAUUAACAUUUGUCUAAAGUUUAUUGCCAGUCGUUUUUGCAUUCUAAAAGCCGGCACAAUCAACUUCGCAGUAGCUUUAUACACAGAAAACGGAACCAUCAUUGUGUGCAUCUAUCGACAUGAUGAGAAUUGGGAAUGUGUAUAGAUAUAUUUCAAUACAGCAGUAAAGACCUAACGGUUUAAUGUAGAAUUUUGUUUCUUUUCGUUUUGAAGCUUCAUUUCAGUUUAUUGCUGGGUGUUGACGAGUUAAAAUCUUAAAAAAUGUACAAUUUUGUUGAAAUUUUGAGUGACUUUGUUAAAGCUGGACAGAGCUUUGAAAUUUCUGGAUCCACACUGACUGAAGCUGAAAAGUUUUCAAUUUCAUUCUCAAAUGGUACUGCUUCAGAUGCAGAAACAGUUUUAAACAUUGAUGUCGAUUUUGGCAGCAAUAAAGUCAUCAUCAAUAAAGAACUAGAAAAUGACGUUUCACUUGAACGUGGAUCAAAAUUUGAGUUUCAAAUUCUUGUCGACAACGACAACUUUGAUAUCAAUCUAAAUGGAAGUAAUUUAUGCGAAUAUAAAUGGCAAACAUCACCAGACAAGAUUCGUGCUGUCAUUAUUCGUGGUGACGUUGCUAGUCUUUUCAAAGUGAAUCAUUUAAGCGAAGAAUAUCCAAAGAUUGCAGAAAGUGAAGAAAUUUUGGCAUUUGAAAGUUUUAUUCCAAUUAAGUAUCAACCUGGUCAUGUCAUUUCAAUUUCUGGACAAUGCAAUGAAGAAUUUUAUUUAUCAUUCCUCGAAAAUAAUACAAUUCGUCAAAUGAUUCACUUUAAUGUCCGAUUUGGAGAAGAAGCCGUCGUCAUUAAUACGGAAGAUGACGUCGAUUGUUGGACCGAUAGUGAAGAUCGCUCAGAAUCAUUUCCAUUCGAACUUGAGAAGCCUUUCAAGAUUGCCUUUGCAUUUACUAGUGAACAACUCAAAAUAGCUGUCAAUGGAUCUAAACUUAUGGACUUUAGCUUAGAACGUAUUUUAUUGAACGAAGAUCAGAGCAUUUGGGAUGUUCUUAGCGGUUUCCGUAUUGUUAAUAGAGAGGAAGAUACAGUCACAACAAUCACUAACGUAGAACACAUUCAAAUGGAAUCAGAAUGUGAUGCUUUUGAACAAUAUUGUACAUUGGAUUGAGUUUUUCAAAUUGAAGCAAUACUCUGUUUGUGAAUUUUGGGAUGUAUCCUAAUUUUAUUACAAUUUUUAAUAUUUUAAUGACACAUUAAUUUAUAAUCGACACAAUUUAUUGAAUAAUUUCCAAUUAUUUCUCAACUUAUGUAUUACAUUUUAAUAAAUAAAAAUACAUUUUUAAAGCAACUUAA